UCACAGACGCGUUAGUACAUGUCUCCGGGGUGUCGUGUCAGUGCAUCAGAAAUACGGCUGCACGUCCAAAAUAGUUUAAAUCCGCUUCUAUUUACACACUUCGAAUCUCCCACUUUUUUGCGCCUCAGCGUCGCUUCUUAUACACGUCACCAGCGCUGAGCAAGCAGUCGCAUGCUAACUGCGAUACUCCCGCCAUCUUUCCUGCCGGCUUCCAGCCCGUGAGAGGAACACGUUGCUGGAAAAAAAACAGAAGUUUCACCCCACAGUUUUUGUCUCUAAACGUGUCUUCUCUAAUAAUCCCUUCUUAACCGGGUAGCUGGAGCCGGAUAAGGCUCCACAGGUGCUAACGUCCAUCAUUCCCGCCCUCAAUCAUGGCGGAUAAGAACACCAGGAUCGCCAUCGUCAACCAUGACAAAUGCAAACCUAAGAAAUGCCGUCAGGAGUGCAAGAAGAGCUGCCCGGUCGUCCGUAUGGGUAAACUGUGUAUUGAGGUGACUCCACAGAGUAAGAUAGUGUGGAUCUCAGAGUCUCUGUGCAUAGGCUGUGGCAUCUGCAUCAAGAAAUGUCCGUUUGGAGCACUGUCGAUCGUCAACCUUCCCAGCAACCUGGAGAAGGAAACCACACACAGAUACUGCGCCAACUCCUUCAAACUGCACCGGUACGGCGAUAAACCUCCAAAGCUUUGUGUUUUAAUGAUCCGUACUUUGAAAUCCCAGAAUCCUCCAGACUGGCAGGAGAUCCUGACCUACUUCAGAGGGUCCGAGCUGCAGAACUACUUCACCAAAAUCCUGGAGGACGAUCUGCGGGCCAUCGUGAAGCCGCAGUACGUCGACCAGAUCCCAAAGACCGUCAAGGGGUCAGUAGGGGCCAUCCUGAGCAGGAAAGAUGACACAGACACGCAGGACCUUGUCUGUGAACAACUUGAUCUGAGUCACCUGCGGGAGAGAAACGUGGAGGAUCUGUCCGGAGGAGAGCUGCAGAGGUUCGCCUGUGCUGUCGUCUGCAUCCAGAGAGCUGACAUUUUCAUGUUUGACGAGCCGUCCAGUUACCUGGAUGUUAAACAGAGGCUGAAGGCCGCCAUCACCAUCCGCUCACUCAUCACGCCCGACAGGUACAUCAUCGUGGUGGAGCACGAUCUGAGCGUGCUGGACUACCUGUCGGACUUCAUCUGCUGUCUGUACGGAGUGCCGAGCGCCUAUGGAGUCGUUACCAUGCCCUUCAGCGUCAGAGAGGGUAUCAACAUCUUCCUGGACGGUUACGUCCCCACGGAGAAUCUCAGGUUUCGCGAGACGUCGCUGGUCUUUAAGGUGGCUGAGACGGCCAAUGAGGAGGAGGUGAAGAGACUCAGGCAUUACCAGUAUCCGGACAUGUCGAAGACGAUGGGCGAGUUCACGCUGGACAUCAAAGGAGGAGAGUUUACAGACUCUGAGAUCAUGGUGAUGCUGGGAGAGAACGGCACAGGGAAGACGACCUUCAUCAGGAUGUUGGCCGGUGGGCUCAGACCUGACGGAGGAGGCGAGAUUCCCAUCCUGAACGUCAGCUACAAGCCUCAGACCAUCAGCCCCAAGUUCAAGGGCAGCGUCCGAGCUCUGCUGCACGAGAAGAUCAGAGACGCCUACACGCACCCGCAGUUCAUCACCGACGUCAUGAAGCCGAUGCAGAUCGAGAGCAUCAUCGACCAGGAUGUGCAGAACCUGUCUGGAGGUGAGCUGCAGAGAGUCGCCCUCACACUCUGUUUGGGAAAACCGGCCGACGUGUACCUCAUCGACGAGCCCUCUGCCUACCUGGACUCCGAGCAGCGAUUGAUGGCCGCCAGAGUCAUCAAGAGGUACAUCCUCCACGCCAAAAAGACAGCAUUCGUGGUGGAGCACGACUUCAUCAUGGCGACCUACCUGGCCGACAGAGUCAUCGUGUUUGACGGGAUUCCCUCCAAGAAGACUUCAGCCAACACGCCUCAGAGUCUGCUGGCUGGGAUGAAUCGCUUCCUGUCGCUGCUGGAGAUCACAUUCAGGAGAGAUCCGAACAAUUUCAGGCCGAGGAUCAACAAACUCAACUCCAUCAAGGACACGGAACAGAAGAAGAGUGGGAACUAUUUCUUCCUGGACGAUUAAGACCCACCUGACCAAUGGCGACUACCCAGCCGCAUCUUGGAGCCGGCGCACGCUCAAGCGUUAUAACCUCAACAUUUCAUGGCCGGCCUGCCAAACAGCAGACAUAUUAAAACUUUAAAUAAAAAACAUUUAAGAAAAACAAAGAAACAUCAGCCUAUAUGUACCGGACUGCAUUCAAUAGCCAGCAAUGUUGUGAAGUGUUUAAAAAUAAAGUGCAUUGCGUUGUGUGUGUGUGUGUGCGUCAGGCUGAACACGCUCGGCUGAAUUCAGAGGCAGCGAGAAUAUUUUAACACCUGUACAUUUACAAUCAGAAUAAACUGAUGCUUCCUGAACCAGGAA